CAGUACUGCAUGGAGGGGGUGGAAGGACUCUACUUUCCUUAAGGCAUCACUACACGUCCUUCAUAUCUCGCUUGGGGCUGACUGCAUCUGGAGUGACGUCCUAGCUGCGUCCUAAGGAAUUCACACAAGAGCCACAAGGCAGGUAUUUCUCUUUGUGCAAGUGCUUCUUGCACUGAGAGGGUUAAUGAUAAGACUGCAGUGGAGGAGAUUAUAAGGCUGUGUGCAAAGGAGUCUCUAACAUGCACUCCAGAAUGUGGAUGCAAACUGGACUGUUCGUCUUGGAUGGAUAUCAGCCCAGCACGUUUCGAAGGUCUGGGAGCAGCUGAAGAGUUUCACACCAAGGAAGUGGAUUGCAAGCUUUUCUGGUAAUAAUGUAUAAGGAGGCACAGGGUUCUGUCUCCAGCUGCUCUCUUGCACCCAGCUGGGUUGCUUUCUGCAGCUGUGCCAUACAGACAGCACUGAGCAUAGACUGCCAACUCUCCAGAGAAGAAGACAACGCAGGGGGCUAGAAGAAGACUGCUUCACAUGGAGGGCACCUGUCCUGCUGCCCAUUCCAUCAGGGUGGCACUAUGGGUUCUGGGGUGCCCCUAUUUCUGCUUGGAGAGGAGUAACCCUGAGUAAAAGUAUCCAGAGAUGGUAAUGAAUAGGAGCCUUUCCCAAGAAGUGCAGCAGAGAAGAGAACUGCUGGCAGGACAAGUAGUCACAGGGAGUCUUCUGUCCCUUCUCAUCUUGUGGACCCUGUUCGGUAACAUCUUGGUAUGUACAGCUGUCAUGAGAUUCAGACACUUACGUAACAGAGUCACCAACAUCUUCAUUGUGUCUUUAGCUGUCUCUGACCUCCUGGUAGCCCUCCUGGUGAUGCCUUGGAAAGCUGUGGCAGAGGUUGCAGGUCACUGGCCAUUUGGAGAGUUCUGCAACAUCUGGGUGGCCUUUGACAUCAUGUGCUCCACAGCUUCCAUCCUGAACCUGUGUGUUAUCAGUGUGGACAGGUACUGGGCUAUCUCCAGCCCUUUUAGGUAUGAGAGGAAGAUGACCCAGAAGGUGGCACUGCUGAUGAUCAGUGCUGCAUGGACUUUGUCUAUCUUGAUCUCAUUCAUACCCGUCCAGCUGAACUGGCACAGGAAUAGGAAAGAUAUCCCAGCAAUGAAUAACCACACUGCAGAAAACUGUGAUUCUAGCUUGAAUAGGACGUAUGCAAUCUCUUCCUCCCUGAUCAGUUUCUACAUCCCUGUAGCCAUCAUGAUUGUCACCUACACCAGGAUCUAUAGGAUCGCACAGAUCCAGAUCAGGAGGAUCUCCACCUUGGAAAGAGCAGCUGAACAUGCACAAAGCUGCAGGAGCAACCGUGUUGACUGCAGAAACCACCACAAUAGCCUAAAAAAUUCUAUCAAAAAAGAGACAAAAGUUUUAAAAACUCUCUCUAUCAUCAUGGGGGUGUUUGUGUGCUGCUGGUUACCAUUUUUCAUCUUGAACUGCAUGGUCCCAUUUUGUGACAGGUCUCCUGGAGACCCCAAGGCUGGACUGCCAUGUGUCAGUGAGACCACCUUUGACAUUUUUGUCUGGUUUGGCUGGGCUAACUCCUCAUUGAACCCCAUCAUCUAUGCUUUCAAUGCUGAUUUCCGCAAGGUCUUCUCCAGUCUCCUGGGUUGUGGGCACUUGUGUUCUACCACCCAUGUUGAAACAGUCAACAUCAGCAAUGAACUUAUAUCCUACAACCAAGACACUAUAUUCCACAAGGAUAUCGUGACAGCCUAUGUCAACAUGAUACCCAACGUGGUGGAUUGUAUAGAAGACAAUGAGGAGACUUUUGACCGCAUGUCUCAGAUCUCCCAAGCUUCUGCCAACAUGGAGAUGGCCACCACUUCAAUGUGUGACCUGGACUGUGACACAGAGAUUUCACUCCAUAAAAUUACCCCUUCCAUGCCAAAUGGGUUUCAUUAAAACCAACAUUUCUCUUUGUUGACUUCAUGUCUGGUUAUAGUGAUAUUAUCAUUUUGGUGCCAUCACUCAUUCUCAUACAUUGAAAUAAGUAAGUUAUGACACUAUAGUGUACCUAUAUUAAAGUUAUGUGAGUCUUUGUGUGUUUUAUAUAUGGGGAUGAUCUUGUUUUAUUAACAUGUAUGGGAACUAGACCUUGUUCUAAGCACUUUAUUAAGAUCUAAGGCUUCCUAUGUACCCUACAUGCAUAGGUUAUGUACCCUACAUGCAUAGGUUAUGUACCCUAUUCUAUAAGGUGUUGUGCUGUACCUAUAUGUUAUUGGUACCAUGGAAGACAAUUGCUUUGUCCUUGACACCAUGCCAUCACAUAUUUUCCUUUAUCUUCUAGUAUGGUCCACCUUAAAUCUGGUUGUUUACGGUUAGAACGUUUGUUUAUAAAUAACAGCAACAUGUAAUCUCUAAAGCUGCAUUCACAUCAUGAUUUCUCCAAUUUCUCCAUCCGAUCUGAGUACACGAUUUUUAUAACUUAAAAUCGUAUGA